CACAAGGUUCGCGCCGAGGCCGUUUCCGCUUCCGGCCGAAGCUGCGGGAAGAUGGCGGCGCCCGUGGCCGCCCGGGUGGUGACGGUCGCCUUCGGGGGGCUGGCGUCCGCGUGCGGCCGCAGCUGCCUGCGAGUGUCCGGGCCCGGAGCGGCUUCCCUGGGGUCCGCUUCCCGGAGGUUCGGUUCACAGAGCACUUCAGUUCCACAAGGAUACGUUCCUAAAACAUCGCUGAGUUCACCACCUUGGCCAGAAGCUGUCCUGCCAGACCCCGCUGAGGAGACCAGACACCAUGCAGAGGUCGUGGGGAGGGUGAACGAGCUGAUUGCCACAGGCCGGUACGGCCGACUCUUCGCUGUGGUGCACUUCGCCAGCCACCAGUGGAAGGUGACCUCUGAGGAUCUGAUUUUAAUUGACAACGAAUUAGACGUUGGGUGUGGAGAGAGGAUACGGCUGGAGAAGGUCCUGCUGGUUGGCGCUGACAACUUCACGUUACUUGGCAAGCCGCUCCUUGGAAAAGAUCUCGUUCGGGUAGAAGCCACAGUCAUUGAAAAGACAGAAUCAUGGCCAAAAAUCAAUAUGAGAUUUCAGAAAAGGAAAAACUACAAGAGGAAAAAAGUUAUUGUGACCCCACAGACUGUCCUCCGGGUAAACACCAUCGAGAUCGCUCCACGUUUGUGCUGAUUGUGAAGCUCAUGUUUACAGUAUAUAAAAAUAAACUGUCUUCUGGA